CAUGUCCUUUGGCACAAACAUAAAAACCGGAUUCUCGGUACGGGACAUCCUGGAUCUCCCCGACCUGACUAGGACAGGAACCGGGACACGUCGAUCCGGAACAAAAGGGAAAGAGAAGGGAAACACCGACGAAGCCUCGUCGGACGUUCCAGGGUCGGGAAGCGCACAGAAACUUCGAUAUAACGGGCACAAUGUAUCCGAGCGCGGUGGAGGGAGUUGCGCCAAAUGGAUCUACGGAUCCGCCAACCUGCACUUUUCACUACAUGGACUGUCCCUAAAGACCAAAACUCCUGAGCUGUCCACGGACGAGUCUCCGGACCCAGACCGGGAUGGUUCUGCUGCCGGUGCGCACAAGAAACGCGGUAAGCGGCGCGUUCUUUUCUCCAAAGCGCAGACCUUUGAGUUGGAGCGCCGCUUCCGGCAGCAGCGGUACCUAUCCGCAACAGAGAGAGAGCACCUCGCCGGCCUGAUCCGCCUCACCCCGACCCAGGUGAAGAUCUGGUUCCAGAACCACCGCUACAAGAUGAAACGUGCUCGAACGGAGCGCAGCAUGGAAGUGCUGCAGCUGUUGCAGGCUCACAGGAUCGCCAUCCCGGCCAUGGGGCGGGGCGGGAAACCAGUCCUGGAGGACCUGGAGGUCUUGCUCAGGUCCAUUUUGGGUUUCCCUCUGUGUGGACCAGCUGCUACACCCUGCGUGUGGCCCGGAGGACCGUGGAGUACCGCAGCUGCUGCGCAUGUACCGCUGGAGGUGGUGAAGCUGGUGAAACGUGACGAUGACAAAGACGUGGGACUCCCACAGGAUGGGAAAGAUCCUGGACAUUCUACUGCCAGCAGGAUGAACCAGGCAGGUUCAUUCCCUCCUAUCAGAGAGCAGACUCCAAGACUGUGUCAGUGA